GCGCGGGCCGCCUGCGCGCGGAGGGGAGGGCCUGAGAAGCCCGCCGGGCAGGCGCCCCCGGCCCCAGCACGGGCGCGAGCGCGCGCCCCCCUCCCACCGGGUGCCCGGCACUCGCCCCCGCUCCGGGCGCCUCUGAUUGGUCGUCGCCCUGGCCGGCAGGUGUCUGCAGGGGCUGCGUCCACGCUGGCCCUGGCUGCCUGCGGCGCGGGCGCCUCCCUCGCAGCCGCUGCCGCUGUCGCGCUCCCGCCUCCCGCGCCCGCUCUGGGCUCCCGCUGCGGCUACGCUUCUGGCGGCCGAGACCCCGCAGCGCUGCAGCUCAGAUCUGGCGCGCCUACCGCCCCGUGCCCCUGCCUUGCUGCGCGCUGCUUCCUAAUCCACGCGGCGCUUUGCGUCAGGUGCCCCAGGCUUCCCGAAGCGCGGUGGCCUGAGAGCGGCCGCCAUCGAUGACCCCUGCCGCCAUCGAUGACCCCGGUCACGGACCUGCUCCAGCCCGGCCAGCCCGUGUCUCGUUCCAUUGUCUGUGUUUGGUGUUAAAUCAUGGGGAGGAAGCUGGACCUGUCUGGUCUGACCGAUGAUGAAACAGAGCAUGUUCUCCAGGUGGUUCAGCGAGACUUCAAUCUCCGAAAAAAAGAGGAAGAGCGGCUCAGCGAGAUGAAGCAGAAGCUGGAUGAGGAAGGCAGCAAGUGCAGCAUCCUCUCCAAGCACCAGAAGUUCGUGGAGCACUGCUGUAUGCGCUGCUGCUCACCCUUCACCUUCCUUGUCAACACCAAGCGCCAGUGUGGGGACUGUAAGUUCAACGUCUGCAAGAGCUGCUGCUCCUACCAGAAGCACGAGAAGGUGUGGAUCUGCUGCGUCUGCCAGCAGGCGAGGGUUCUGAGGACCCAGUCUCUGGAAUGGUUCUACAAUAAUGUGAAGAGCCGCUUCAAACGCUUUGGCAGCGCCAAGGUCUUGAAGAACCUGUACAGGAAACACCUGCUGGAGAGCGGAGGGUGCUUUGACAUCCUAGGAGGAAGCUUUUUUGACGCAAACCUGGAGAAUGAAGGAAGUAUUUCAGGCAGUGACUCAACAUUUUAUAGGCAGUCAGAAGGACAUAGCAUGAUGGACACAUUGGCUGUCGCCCUACGGGUGGCUGAAGAGGCCAUCGAAGAAGCGAUCUCCAAAGCAGAAGCCUAUGGGGAUAGCCUGGACAAGCAGAAUGAGGCCAGUUACCUGCGGGACCACAGGGAGGAGCUGACUGAGGAACUGGCCACAACCAUCCUGCAGAAGAUCAUAAGAAAACAGAAGAGCAAAAGUGAGCAGCACGUGGAAGAGGAGCCGGAGUGGCCACAGCCCCGGAGUUGCAGUGCGAAGGCAGCCGACGAAGGGACCACAGCCUCCCCGGGAGGCCACCGCGCCUCCACCACCUUCUGGCGGUCACAGUCUGCGUUCCCACUCAGCAGAGAAGAUGCCCUGAGGACCUCUUCGCUGGAGGCUGCAUCGAGGCAGCCGAGGGACCAGCAGCUGAGGGAGGAGGAGGCAUUGCCCAGCUGGAAGAGCGUGGACAGGCUGGAUGAGACAAAUGUGGCCCCAGUUUUGCAGAGCCCUGACGGGAACUGGAUGGCCCUGAAGGAUGGGGCUCUGCCCCCAACCCGCCUGCUGGCCAAACCUAAGAGUGGCACGUUUCAGGCCCUGGAGGCGGCCUCCAGCGUGGCGUCCGCCUACGAUGAGAUGGGCUCUGACAGCGAGGAGGACUUUGACUGGAAGGAGGCCUUGAGCACGCUGUGCCCACAGCCCCAGAGCCUGCCCAGGAACCCCCAGCCUCAGCCCACGCAAGCCCAGGGCUCAGACCAAGGCCCCUCCGCCUACUCUGGGCUCUCCCCCAACCCCGAGGCCAUGUGCUCUGACUCAGAAACCUCCUCGGCAGGCUCUUCCCGGGAAGCUGGGCACCGGGCCGGGCUGUCCUGGUUGCAGAGGAAGGCCCCCAGGAAUCCCUCAGCCGAGAAGAUGCGCCUACAGGGAGAGCUAGACGUGAACUUCAACCCCCAGGCAGCCAGCAGGGAGACCUCAGACAGCAGCGAGCCUGAGGAGGCCCCCCACCCCGCAGAUCGGAGGGCCAGGAGGUGGAGAAGGGCCCGGGUGGGCUCGGAGGAGCCAAGCAAGGAAUUGUCUUUCCCCAGCGGCCAUCUCCCGGAGCUGGACACACAUCAGGUGUCUGGUGAUUUAUCAAAGACUGACACCUGCAAUGAGGCUCGGCACCCACAGGCCGGCACAGACGCUGCAGAAGAGAAACGGACAAACAGGCUGUACGAGUUGGCAAUGAAAAUGAGUGAGAAGGAAACUUCCUCUGGGGAGGAUCAGGAGUCCGAGCCCAAGACAGAGUCUGAGAACCAGAAGGAAAGUCUGUCCUCUGAAGACAACAGCCAGAGUGUCCAGGAAGAGCUGAAGAAGAAGUAUUCUGCUGUUUCUCUCUGCAACAUCUCCACAGAAGUCCUGAAAGUCAUCAACGCCACGGAGGAGUUGAUAGCAGAGUCUACAGGGCCCUGGGAGUUCCCACCUGUCCCUCCUGACAGAGAGAAAGGGACGUUUCCUCUUGGAACAGACCAAGUGAGACUGGAUGAGCAGCUGACUUCCCUGGAAGAAAAUGUGUACCUGGCGGCAGGUACCGUGUAUGGACUUGAAGGCCAGCUGAGUGAGCUAGAGGAUGCUGCCCGCUGCAUCCACAGUGGCACUGAUGAGACUGAACUGGCAGAUCUGGAGGACCAAGUAGCCACGGCAGCAGCCCGGGUCCACCAUGCUGAGAUCCAGAUUUCUGAUAUUGAGAGCCGGAUUUCAGCCCUGACCAUUGCAGGAUUAAACAUAGCACCCUGUGGGCGCCUCACAAGAAAACGAGAUCAGAAGCAAAGGAACCAGGUACAAACCAUAGACACAUCAAGGCAGCAGAGGAGGAAACUCCCUGCUCCACCAGUGAAAGCUGAAAAAAUUGAGGCAUCUUCAGCGACCACCAUUAAAACAUUUAACCGCAACUUCAUUCUCCAAGACUCCUCAACAAACAGGACUAAAGAAAGGAAAAGCACUACCAAGGAUUUGAUAGAGCCCACCCUGGAGUCUGCUGUGAGGUAUUAGCACCAUGGAACUCCACUGCCAGUGACCCACUGCCUCCGGCCGUACACGACAGUGCCUUGACCCAACAGCCAUCGAAUACUGUACGGAUUUCCACCUGAGGAGAGGGCGUGGGGAGGCCACAGUGCACCCCUGCACAGGGCUGUCCUGACACCUCAGCCAGAAAGCAGACCCAGACUUCAGCAUCAAGGUCUUGCCUACUCUCUGCCUUAGGCUCCCAGGAGAAUCCAAGACAGAAAACCAAGACGCUGGCUUCCAACAGUAGAGCUCCAGUUCAAAAGAUGCAUCUUUUUCCCUGUUCGCUUUGCUACUGCGUGUUGUCUUUAAGACCUUUUUUUUUUU